AUGGCAGUCACGUCGUUCAAGCACUGGCUCGGAGCCCUGCUCCUUGCCGUCCUCUCCUUCAACCUCGCGUCGGCCAAGGUCGUCGAUCCCGCCAAGGACACGGCGCAGUACCACAAGGCCUUCCCGCUUUUCCGCAGCUCCAACAUGGCCGGCGCCGACAAGCUGGCCAGCGGCAUCGGCUUCCACUCGUUCCGCAUCCCCAGCGUCGUCACCACCAGCACGGGCCGCAUCCUCGCUUUCGCCGAGGGCCGCCGCCACGACAACCGCGACUUCGGCGACAUCAACCUCGUGUACAAGCGCACCAAGACGGCGACGAACAAUGGUGUCAACCCCUCCGACUGGGAGGGUCUCAAGGAGGUCGUCGGCUCCGGCGACGGCACCUGGGGCAACCCGACGGCCGUGGUAGACGGCACUACCAUCUACCUAUUCUUGAGCUGGAACGGCGGCGAGUACAGCCAGAACGGCGGUGACGUUCUCCCCAACGGCAAGCGCACCAAGGGAAUCAACAAGAGCUGGGAGGGCCGCCGCCACAUCUUCCUCACGGAGAGCCGCGACGACGGCGCGACGUGGUCCAAGCCCGUCGACAUGACCAAGCAGCUGACGCCCGAAGGCAAGGCCUGGGACGCCGUCGGCCCGGGCAACGGCAUCGUGCUCAAGUCGGGCGAGAUCGUCAUCCCCGCCGACGGCCGCAACAUCAUCGGCCGCGGCACGCCCGGCAAGCGGACGUGGACAUACCAGAGCCUUGCGGGCGCUGGCUCCGAGGGCACCAUCGCGCAGACCCCCGACGGGAAGCUGUACCGCAACGACCGCUCCCCCAAGGAACAUGGCUACCGCAAGGUGGCGCGCGGGUCGCUGACGUCCCUCUCCGCCUUCUCGCUCGACAAGGGCCUGCCCGACCCCGGAUGCGAGGGCUCUACGCUCUUCUAUAACUUCAAGGAGCCCAAGGCGCCCUCGCGUGUCGUCUUCCUCAACUCGGCCCACAAGACGAGCCGCCGCCACAUGCGCGUGCGCAUCAGCUACGACGGCGACGCCGCCAAGUGGACGUACGGCCGGUCCAUGAGCGACGUACCCGUCGCCGGCGUCGGCAACGAGGGCGGCUACUCGAGCAUGACCAAGACCAAGGACUGGAAGAUCGGCGCCCUUGUUGAGACCGACUUUUGCCAGACCAAGUGUGACAAGGAUGAUCACCGCGCCAUCAUCUGGCGCCGUUUUAAUCUGUCAUGGAUCGUUCACGGCCCGAACAACUAA